UUGGACCUCUCGAUCUAAUUUCUCAGUCAAUGAAACAGAACCGCCUCUUUGACAGUUGCCAUGACAACGCCGAAACGAUCCCGGCGCAUUCCCUGUUGUCACCCCUGCAGUUACCAGGCAACAGCUACACAAAUCCAGGAAAACAUCCGGAAAGACCGUCGGUCGUCCUUCAGGUCGCCAGAACUUGGAAUAACUACAAGCACUUGUUUACUCAGCUGCAUUUCUGGACAAAAUAUUUGCAAUUAAACAAACAUGACGACUUCUUCCCUCGGUGUGUUACAUCCCGGCGACCCUCGACUAAAACUGAGGAUGGAAAACAGAAUAAAAAACAUUUUUGUAACACAACCGGAGGACACCAGGAAUCAAAAGGAGGAAAAUGUUAACCACAUACCUGUUGUGACAGAGACUUCAGGCAGAGUCCUUGAGGCAGGAGUGAACACUUUGCAAAAGACCCUGGUUCUGAAGAAAAAGGCUGAGCUGGAUGUGGUGGAUCAGCAACUUGUACUCAAAUGGGCAGAGUUCAAAGGCCGUGUGGACGCUCUAGCUCAGAGAAGGUCUGAACUGGAAUUAAAACUACAGCAGACUCAAGAGAGGGCUAUGAAGUUUGAAAAGUUUGUGGCUGAAAAUGAAGUUAAGCGACGCCGAGCACUGAAGAAGUAUGAGGCCGCACGGGAGCUGAACAUUUCCAAACAGAGAGAGAUAGAAACUCACACAGAACAGUUGAAACAACUUAAAGCCAGAUAUCAAGUUUUAAAGGACAGAAUGGCAAAAUACAAAAUCUUUGAGGACUACUUGAUGAAAACGCUACAUUUUCUCCCCAGUACCUACCUUGAUAAUGGGUCGGAAUCUUUAGUGAUGCCCAUCAUUCGGCGCCAUGAGACCCUGUCCAUCACCCACCGGGAGCUGCUACAGCGUUGGGGACAUCUGGAGGAGGAGGUGGAGCAGGGCCAGCGACAACUGCAGAUCAUGAAGCAGGAGCACAGUAUUAAAAAAUUGAUGGCCAAUAAGGAACUUUCUGAGCUCCAGAGUGAGUUAGAAAGUCUCAAAGAGAAGAACGAGCAGGCAGAGGUUAACCUGCUGAUGGAGCAAGGGCUGUCCAGAGAGAAGGUUAAGGAAGUAGGCUGCUUGCUUAUGGCCCUCAACAACCUGGCCGACCAGUGUUACCUAUCGACAUAUGGACCCCUGGAAAACAUGAACAUACUGACUAUGAUGGACAUGGUGAAGGAGUACAUCCAGGACAAGGCAGACACAGAGAGGAGAGCGAGGAGACUGAUGGAGUCGGGGUCUGCCAUGACAAGUAGAACAGCUCUGACAGACAAAAGAGAGAAGGGAUCAAUAAAAAUCAUCGGCAGUAAAACACUUAUUAAAAAUUCAAGUAAAGUCAGUAGAAAGAGUGAGACAAUGAGUUGAUGUAGAAUGUUUAUAACUGCCCAUGCUGUCACUGCUCAGUGAUAGGUAUGUUGAGUGUAUAACAACCAAUUAUGAAGAAUGUGAAAACUGCAGAAAUGUUUGGCAAAUAUUCAAAUCCAUAAGUCAAUGAACUCUUAUGGCAUUUUCAGUGGUUAAAACUAUGGUAAUGUUUGUAAUGCACCCAAUUUGCACUUCAAAUGUAAACAUUUUUGAAAAUGAGGUGAUCAGGUUUAUUGAAGCAUUAGAACUUUGUAAAUGUGUAUCUAUGGAAUGUAGCGAUAGUUGCAUUUUGAAAGAAAUGGUUACAAUCAAAUGAAGCUGUCAGAUAAGAAACAACACCCAUCAAAAUGGCAUAUACAUUGGUAAGCAUGAGAUUUCUAACAUAUUUUGAUAAUACAAACAAAAAGGAGAAAAUAAGUAUUUUCAAUGAUGUAUCAUAAGAUUUAUUUGAUAUUCUGUGUUUUAUAUAUAAAUAAAUUGAGAUUAACUAUAGUACAGCAGAGUGAGGGUGACUUUUUGACAUGUAAAUCCUACAUACAACACCACAUGGUGCAUCCAUUUUUCAUUUUCUGCUUUGUAUAUGCACAAUCUAACUCUUGAUUGUGGCCUCCUCCAUGUUGUCAAACACUGCUAUACAGGUUUUCUUACAGCCCUCUAUUGGAGACAGUGAUCAUCAAUUAUGUUGCAACGUGACUAGGGGGGCAGUGCAGUUAAAUAGCAAAACAUGUUCAGACACAGGCUGCUUUUUUUAAUGGUUUAUGUUGUCAGUACUUCUCUUUCCUAAGGAUAGCAUAGUAAACUGGGUUGUCAGGCUAUUAGUACAUGUAUUUAUUUUUAAAUACUUGUAAUCAAUGUGAGUUUUUUGUUUGGAUGUUAUUUUUUACUUUUAAAUGUUUUGCUCAAGUAAAAUAACGUUACACACUUAAGUUACACUCAGUCAUUUUGAAGUUUCAAAACAUAACAAAUAUGAUGCAUUAACCUAAAGUAGUGGAAAUCAGCCCCACGUUGUCCAAAUAAACCAAUAAAUUGCCAUUUUUCUAUAAUGAGAAUGAAAGAAAAACGUGCUUAUAAUGCUGUUGUACUUUGAUGUAAUUAACAUUUUGAAUGAAGGAUUUUUGACAGAAGUUUUACCUUCAAGUAUUGCAUUCACCACU